GACGGUGUCAUCCAGUCACUGUGUUUACACCGCCUCCCAGGGGACCUUACAAGGCUUCCAUCAUACCUACUCGAUAGCAGAGUGUCCAGGAGGACCCACAUCCGAUGGGGCUUAUCUACACCCCAGAUCCAUGUCCAUGGCGUCCGAUACACCCCUUACUGCAGGAACUAUCGAAAGGGCAGCUGGCGAAGCCUCCUGCGAUGAAUGCCCCGAGGUGGCACAGGGGAGGAUAUGGCAGCUGGCAAAGCUCGCGUGUAGGUUUUGACGUGGAAUCAGUUUUCCUCGUCUGGCCAGUUUAAUUCCGAGAACUAUGGAAUUUGUACCACCAAGAAUGUGAGGUAAAGAUGUCGACUGCGAUGGGCUUCAAGAUCUUCAACCAGGUACGGAGUAAGUACCGGAGACCCUCAUCAUUGAUCCACACGGGGAUGCCGACUGGACUCGCAAGCACCGGGUGAUCGACUGCUGCCGCGGCAAUCAAUAGUCUGGAGUACAGAGCCGCUGCCCCGGAAACUCGACCGACCUUACCCCGUAAGUCAGUUGCGUUUCCUGCUGACAGUAGGAUUGUGAGUUAGUACUAUGAUUCUCCUACCAGUAUGGGUCCCGCACCAGUUCCACCCCACAUGAUUAUAGUAGCGCUGGGUGGUUUUGUCUCGACGGUAUACUUGUGCAUGCACAGUACAUAUGCCUGAAGCCCUGACAUCGACCAUACUCCUAUGGGUAGGCUCGAUCGCAUCAAACUACCGACCGGAACCCGUCUCCGACCCGCCGCAAUGUACGAAGUUCCGCCACGAUGACAAGUCAGAUUAUUUUCCUUCCUAUGCUCUGACACAUCAGACACCGACUUACUCGCCCCGAUCAGUAGGAAGAGAAAAAAAAAAAAAAA